GAUAUAAAUUGGACUGACAGCACGUGCGGAGAACGCGUGAGAGCUUCUGCCAAUUUCAACCGUCGGAACUCCAUCCGUUGCAUUACAAACCAUGUACCUUUCUAGGUAAUUAUUGUACCUCGAUGGAUCUCCUCCGGUGCUCCACCGUCCAGUUUCCUAAAACUCAUCUCCGACGUCCCUUCUGUGCGAAACUUCGCCCAUGCUUCGCCGUCGUAAGGUCGAGUUUGAGUCUUCCGUUCCUGGAGAGGAAAGCCAAGCAUUACAGAGAGCUGGAAUCUGCUGUUGAUGUUGUCGAGCGAGCUUGCCGUCUCUGCGUUGAUGUGAAGAGUUCGUUGUUCUCUGAUGAUGAUAGGAUUCUUGAGAAAAAUGAUCAAACCCCAGUGACUAUUGCAGACUUCGGGGUGCAGGCUUUGGUCAGCUUGGAAAUGAACAGACUCUUCCCAUCCAUUCCUUUGGUGGCUGAAGAGGACUCUUCAUUCUUGCGGUCAACUAAUCUAGUAGGAGCAGUGGUUGAUGUGGUUGCGAAUAAAGCAACUUUUAGAGACGAAGUAACAGAAGAUAGUGUCUUGAAAGCAAUUGACAGAGGGGGCAAGGAUGCUUGUAAUUUUGGGCCUAACCCAGCCUCAUACUGGGUGCUAGAUCCCAUUGAUGGGACGCGAGGGUUUGUUAAAGGUGUUGAAGCUCUCUAUGUGGUGGCUUUGGCUCUUGUGGUCGAAGGACAGAUUGUCUUGGGAGUUAUGGGGUGUCCUAACUGGGAUGAAGACUAUUUUGUUAAUUGUGUUACCGGGGUCCAAGAAACUGGAAACAAUUUCUCCAGAUCAGGGAUGAUCAUGGUUUCUUAUGUGGGUUGUGGAACGUGGAAACAAAGGUUGUCGGACAUGUUAACUAUCGAGUUGUCUCAAAGUUGGACAAGAUGCUCCGUAGAUGGAUGCCAAGUACUUAAGGAGGCACGUUUUUGUACUCCAGAAAGUCAAAAGUGGGAAUCUUUUCCUCUAUCGUCCUCAUUUAAUGCAAAAACAAACUCCGAAAAAAUAGGGAAAGGAGACAUCCUUCUCGUUCCUGCAUGUUGUGGAAGUUUGUGCAAAUAUAUGAUGGUGGCUUCUGGUAGAGCAUCAGUUUUUCUUCUUCGUGCAACAACCAGAAAAGUUAUGAAGAAAAUCUCUGGCUAUGCCCCUGCUUGGGACCAUGCUGUUGGAAUCAUAUGUGUUCAUGAAGCUGGGGGAAAGGUGACUGACUGGGAAGGAAGUUCAAUUGAUUUUGCAGCAGAUGAAGCUGAACGGAGAACUAUAUUUCCUUCAGGUGUUCUGGUGACAAAUUAUACCUCAAAUUCUUUUUGUCAAUCUGUAUUUUCUUCCACCAAACCAUUGAACAGUAUAUUGCCAUUGCUUCUUAGCAUACUUGUAUUCUUUGGGCCUCAAUGGGCUAACUUUUCCACCUAAACUUCCUUCAAGUAAGGGAUCUUCAUGGAGAAUGAUUCAUUUAAUCUAGGAAUAGAGAUCACUUCAGAAAUGGACUGUCAUUCAUUCUUUGCUCAGAAGCUCUUGUAACACAAACAUUGUUUCUCAUUUUUUUUUUAUCUAUAAGAGAUCUGAAAAGGUCAUUUUCUUUUGUUUAAUUUGUAAGUGGCAAUAAGAGAUCAUUUUCUCAACC